UGGGAGUAUUGAGGGGCGGGUGUGAGGUGGAGAUCCGGAUCCGGAGCGGCUGAAAGGCGGAAGUGGAGGCCGGAGCCUGGGACACCGCCGGGGGGAGAAGAGCGGAGCCUGUCCGAGCCCCGGCCCCAAGUAACGCCGCCGCCCCGGAGCCGCCUUGGAGGUCUCCCUCCUCACUAAGUGCCUCUUCGCACAGCGCCGGCCCCCACCCCACGCUCACUGGUACCACGACAGCAGGACGGGCUAUGGCGGGUCGGGGAGGUGCAGCGCGACCCAAUGGACCAGCUGCUGGGAACAAGAUCUGUCAGUUUAAGCUGGUCCUGCUGGGGGAGUCUGCGGUAGGCAAAUCUAGCCUCGUCCUCCGCUUCGUCAAGGGACAGUUCCAUGAGUACCAGGAGAGCACAAUUGGAGCGGCCUUCCUCACACAGACAGUCUGUUUGGACGACACAACAGUCAAAUUUGAGAUCUGGGACACAGCUGGACAGGAGCGGUAUCACAGCCUGGCCCCCAUGUACUAUCGGGGGGCCCAGGCUGCCAUCGUGGUCUAUGACAUCACCAAUACAGAUACAUUUGCACGGGCCAAGAACUGGGUGAAGGAGCUACAGAGGCAGGCCAGCCCCAACAUCGUCAUCGCGCUCGCGGGGAACAAGGCGGACCUGGCCAGCAAGAGAGCUGUGGAAUUCCAGGAAGCACAAGCCUAUGCAGACGACAACAGUUUGCUGUUCAUGGAGACAUCGGCAAAGACUGCAAUGAACGUGAAUGAAAUUUUCAUGGCAAUAGCUAAGAAGCUUCCCAAGAAUGAGCCCCAGAAUGCAGCUGGUGCUCCGAGCCGGAACCGAGGUGUGGACCUCCAGGAGAACAACCCAGCCAGCCGGAGCCAGUGCUGCAGCAACUGAGCCCCCCUUGCCUGCCCACUGCCCCCACCUCCUCCGCCUGACCGACCCGACUGGAAUCCACUCUAACCAAUCGCACUUAACGACUCGGGCUACCACUGGGGUGGGGAUGGGGGCAGGGGGAGAGGGUCUGCCAUGAUUUCUCCAUAGAAUUUUGAUCAUAGGCCGGAGUGAGUUAUUCCACCUGCACCUUUCUGUACAAAUACUAAUUCAAUUUUAAGUCUUAA